GUUUUGGGAGUGAAGUGAGGCUUACAGUGAUGAAGGCGUGGCUCUUGUGUUAUACUUUUACUGCGAUUCUGUGCAUUGCAAAUGCGGGUAGGCAGCACCGGAAUUUGGAGGCAGUGAGCGACACCGGAGGGCUUAGCAGAGAAAGCUUCCCCAAGGGAUUUGUAUUUGGAACUUCUGCUUAUCAUGUUGAAGGGAUGACCGGUCAGGGCGGCCGAGGCCCCUGCGUCUGGGAUGUUUACGUCAAACAACCAGGCUACAUUGCCAAUAAUGAUACGGCUGACGUAGCUGUGGAUCAGUAUCCCCGCUACAAGGAAGAUAUAGAUUUACUGGCGAAAUUCAACUUCAAUGCUUACCGGUUUUCUAUUUCAUGGUCGAGGAUCUUUCCUGAUGGAGUUGCUUAUUACAAUAGAUUGAUCAACUACAUGGUCAAGAAAGGCAUUACUCCCUACGGGAACUUAAACCAUUAUGAUCUCCCUCUAGCUCUUCAGGAAAAGUAUGGUGGUUACUUGAGCCGCCAAAUUGUGGAGAACUAUGCAGAGUUUUGCUUCAAGACAUUUGGUGAGAGAGUCAAGAACUGGUUUACAUAUAAUGAACCUAGGAUUGUGGCUGCUCUUGGCUUUGGUAAUGGCCUCAAUCCUCUUUCACGGUGCUCCAAGGAAGUUGCAAACUGUACUGCUGGAAACUCUGCAACUGAGCCUUACAUUGCUGCCCAUAAUCUACUCUUAUGCCAUGCUGAAGCAGUGAAAAGAUACCGUCAAAAAUUCCAGGAAAAGCAGCAAGGGAUGAUUGGAAUUCUCUUGGAUUUUAAUUGGUAUGAACCUCUCACAAGAUCAAAGGCCGAUAACUAUGCAGCUCAAAGAGCUAGAGAUUUUCAUGUUGGCUGGUAUGUCUCAAGCUUAUAUCAUAAUUUCUAUUCUAGAUUUCUGUUGUAGGAAAAUUAUCACUGUAUCAUCUGAUCUUGCACUUAAU